UUGUCUACAAACUGGUUCCUGGGCUGUUUCGAAAUGAAAUGAAACGACGUAGAGACUUUUAUUCCGCUCACCCCAAAGAAGCUGCCCACGUGACGUGUCAGGAGGAUCGUGGAAACUUGACGGAACAGAGGGUGAUUUAUACUCCUUAUGACAUUAUCAGCUUGUCUCUAGAGUAUGGUUAUGGGAAUAACCAGCUACCAAGCAGCGUAUAUUCUGAAGAUGAAGCGGAUUCCAGACGUCGUUUUCUUCAAUGUCCAGCAGCAGUGACGGUGUUACACCUGAAGAAAUUCAUUACUAUGAAGUACAAUUUGAGCCAGACUUACUUGGUUACCAUCAUGUACUACGAUGAGGUGUUACAAGACAACUAUAAGUUGAUGGAUAUCGCCUAUAUUUACACCUGGAAACGU